UAACCAGAAGCACAUGGUUUAAAAUGACUGGAUCCGAUUUAAACUGUCUCUCUUUGUCUACUGAAAGCUUACUGAAAAUACCAGUUUGUUGACAAAAUAUGGCCAAAUCGAAUAUUGGAAAGUUGUUUGAAUUUAUGUCAUUGAUGGGACAACUUAAGAGAGUAAAGAGAACAGGUUGGGUGCUGAAACAUGUUGAAGAACCAGAGAGUGUAUCUGAUCACAUGUACAGAAUGGCUACUUUAUCUUUCUUGGUGGAUCCCAGUACAGGGCUUAACAAAGAAAAAUGUAUAAAGUUGUCAUUAGUACAUGAUAUGGCAGAGAGUAUAGUCGGAGAUCUGACACCAGCUGAUCGUAUUGACAAAUCAGAGAAACAUAUAAGAGAAGAAAUGGCUAUGAAGCAUAUAUCAGAUUUAGUGAGUGAAGAUUUAAGUAAAGAAUUGUUUUCUUUAUGGGAGGAAUAUGAGCACCAGACGACACCAGAAGCAGUGUUUGUGAAGGAUCUAGACAAGUUUGAGAUGAUAUUCCAAGCACAUGAGUAUGAACAAUUAGCCAAGAAACCAGGAUCUUUACAAGAAUUUUUUGAUAGUACUAAAGGAAAAUUUAAGACUCCACAAGUUCAAGAAUGGGUGAAGGAAUUAGAAGACACCAGAGCACAGUAUCAUGAGAAAGAUACAGAAGGGACAUAAUAUUAAUGUAAAUUGCUUUUGAUCAUGUUCCAGCUAACAAUGCAGCAAACAUUUUAUUUAUUUGUUAUUUCAUAUGAUGGUGCACAGCUUGUGUUCAAUUUUUAUGAAGCUCUCAAACUGCCUUGAUUUAAUUUGUAUAAGUUAUCCCCCUUUAAGUCAAAUCAACAUCAUAGAUUGAUUAAUUGAUGGUGUUUAAUACCACUCUUUAGGGGUAUAAUA